CGGGGUCACGCGGUUUACAUCGUUGUUGCACAUAAGCCGGCGAGGACCACAGCGAUAACAGUGUUGAUUUUGACGGUGGACGGAUCAACCAGCAYCAAUUAUAGCCCGCUUUUAACCUGGCAGCAGCCAAUGGGUGUGGGGGGCGGACAGGAGGACCGACCAGGGGUGUUGUCUUCUUACCAGUGCUGCUGGUGUUUUGGUUGGACAUCCAUUUGACACUGUAAAGGUGGGUGUCUGCUUCUUCCCGUCGCUCGUACACUCUUGCCUCACUCAUUUGGUGUUGAAAAYUAGAAAGUCAGACUACGUCAUAGGCAGUCCGAAUUUGAAUCAAGGUAAUCUGAUUGUACACAAUUUCACAGAGAAUAAAAGGGCUUCGCUUGAGCCAUUUUGGACUAUCUUUAGGAUAGUAUGUGAUGUUUGACUAACUUAAUUUGCUGUUUUUUGUAGAUAAAUAAUUUUAAACGGUCUCUACAUURUUUUAUUGUUUGCAGACUGAAGUUAUGCAUAUGCUUCAACUUUUCAGAUAUUUUGAUGAUGACGAUAAGGUGCACCCAUUAUCUCGCAUUUUUUCUUGAAGUGAUCAUUUGUCAUUGGAUUAAAUGGAGACAUUUCCUUAAGUCAGCUCAGUAACACUCCCUAUUCCAAUGCACUCAUCAGUUAUCUUUAUCCACAAAGUUAUAAAAUGUCUUAGGCUUUAUUCUGUCAUUUUUUUAGUGUUAAAGUAAAAACACAACCAAGUUUCUGCACUAAAUUAUGGGUUUGUGUGGUUUAAACAUUAAAACAUUUCUGUACAUGCAUAUGAAUAUUGUUUUUUUAAGCCUGUAACCUGUAAAAACACAAAAAUUCUGCAGAAAGUUUAUUCUAAAAAUCAAAGUCAUGGUGUUAGACAGAUGGCAAGGUGAAAACUUUAGUUCUUGAUAAUUGUGUGAAUUUAUUGCAUCUGCUUUAGAGGCACACACAGAUGGUGAAUGGUUUGUAGUACUUUUAUACCUUGCUUUUAAUGUCAUUUCUCCCUGAGCCGGUGUCUGCUCGGGGCUGGGGGCGGCUGUCUUUAACAGCUACAGUGUCACUGUGUUGUAGAUGAGAGAGAGAAAUAAACAACCUCUCCACGGAUAUGUGACCUAGUAAGUAUGGUCAAGGUCUUUCUUUCUCUCACCCAAAUGUCCUGUCUUGAGUUAUAGAAGUAUAAAGUGAAGAAGACAUUUUGCUUUACACAAGUUGAUGCUCGGUUAAUAUAUUGUUUUCUUUUCUCCCACAUGUUGCACCCCAUAAGCAUUUUUUUACCCCAAAAGAAAUUAUUUAAAAAAAGGCUUGCUUAUUUCACUGUAAACAUGUAUUAAAGUAUUUGCUUUGUAUGUACUGUGGCCACUUUAGGCCUCAACAUUCCUUUAUGUGAAUUUGACAUGAGUACCAUCCUCCACAGGUGAGGCUUCAGGUUCAAAAUGUGGACAAACCUCUGUACCGUGGGACGUUUCACUGCUUUCAGUCAAUCAUACGCCAGGAAUCGAUGCUGGGUUUGUAUAAGGGUAUCGGCUCUCCCAUGAUGGGGCUGACGUUCAUCAACGCCAUUGUUUUUGGUGUCCAAGGCAACGCCAUGCGACACCUUGGCCGCGACACACCGCUCAACCAGUUCCUGGCUGGAGCCGCAGCCGGAGCCAUCCAGUGCGUCAUCUGUUGCCCGAUGGAGCUAGCCAAGACGCGCAUGCAGAUGCAAGGGACUGGAGAGAAGAAGUCUAAGAAGAAGAUGUACAAGAACUCCCUGGACUGCCUGGUGAGGAUCUAUAACAAGGAGGGAUUCAGAGGGAUCAACCGUGGCAUGGUGACCACCCUGCUGCGCGAGACGCCGGGCUUUGGCGUGUACUUCCUCGCGUACGAUGUGCUGACGCGCUCGUUGGGCUGUGAGCCUGAAGACCCCUACAUGAUCCCAAAGCUGCUGUUUGCCGGUGGGAUGUCAGGCAUCGCGUCCUGGCUCUCCACCUACCCRGUGGAUGUGAUCAAGUCGCGUCUGCAGGCAGACGGUUUAGGGGGCGUUAAUAAAUACAGCAGCAUAAUGGACUGUGUCCGACAGAGUUUGCAGAAYGAAGGGUGGAGAGUUUUCACUCGUGGACUCACGUCCACGUUGCUCCGUGCGUUUCCGGUGAACGCCACCACGUUUGCCACGGUGACUUUGUUUUUAAUGUACAUGCGACAGGGAGAGGAAUGUAGCAUCCAGAACUCUGAGCCUCAGUGUGUUCAGCUGCAGCCUCUGCAGCAACAGACACAACCAACUAGCAUGUAAGACACUGUGCAGCAGUCGUCAGUAGAUCAUUGUUAAAUCCAGGUCUGUGAUCUGUUGACUGCUGUUUAUAAUGACGAACUGCUGACUGUUCUGUURAGAUGGAGCUUCAGCCACUUGUGCUGUAGAAAAGAAAAUAUAUAUUUUAAGCCAAAAGCUGCUUUGUAUAUAUAUAUGUUUUCUUUUGAACCCGAUACUUUUUGUACAUAUGGUGACUUUUGGUAUAUUAGCAAACUUGAAUGUUACACGUCCCUAAAAUGCACAGUCAAAGAKGUACUACUGUAGCUUCAGGUUGUAAUGGAGUCAUUUGUGAUAAACUAGUGGCCAGUAUUUAAAAUGUUCUUGGUUACCAAAAAAAAUAUACAAAUUUGACCAUAUCCCUUCAUCUAUCCUGCUCCCCUUUGAUUGGAGUCAUUUAUAAAUGUACAUUUAUGCUUUUUGUUGUUGACCAAAGCUGUUCACCUCCAUUUGAACGCUUCUCAGCACAUUGAAGUAAUGGUUACACAUAAAGAGGCAGUAWCAAAUUUCUGAAAUGAAUGUUGUACUUUAUAUAUUUAAAAAAUAAUAYUUGUAGGGAUUCAAAGUAAAACUGUAGCUGCUGUUUAACGUUUUAAUGUCACAAGGUUAUGUUUUCACUUCACAUUAAAACUAACAGGCUCUGUYAUGUAAGUGUAUAAUUUAGAUAAAGAAAAUGUAGUUUAAUGUAUUAUAAAGUUGCAUGUUAGGCAGAGUACUGCUGUUGGCAUCAUACAGUGUCUAUAAAAAGCACCUUAAUAGUAUGUUAACCACAAGUAUGGUUGAAACUAUGAUAGUGGUCAAUCAGGUUUUAUAUAUUGUAUUUCCUUCUCAGGCAACAUUUUAUUUAAAUGUUGAACUAAUGAGUUGGCUUGUCAAAAUUGGGAUUUUAAAAAUCCCACAUAUGUAUUUUAAACCUGCUUCCUGUCACCUUAUUUGGGCACAAUGUUUGUGGAGCUCCACAAGUGGGCAGCAUCAGACCAAUAAUGUGAACUAAUCUGCGCCACCUAGAGGCAGAGGAAGUAGUUACUAGUGUCCUGCCACAGCUGGAGGUUCUACAGUACUUUAAAGCUUGUUUUUUUUAAAGGAUUUUUGUGAUUACAGCCUAAAUAAAGUAAAUAUUAAAAUAUAUAUUUACAUUUGACACAUUAGUAAUGAUGCAAGAAGGCAGAAGCUGAAACUUGCUCUGCACUUUAUGGUAACUCCUCCAGGUGAAGAUGUGCAGAUCUGACACUGGAGUUGCACAAAUGUUAUAAAUGUACAUAAUGUGAAUCAAACAUUUUUUUUGUUCUUUAUAGUUUUUAAAUUAACUAUAUUUUCAAUAUUUCUCCCCCAGAUUUUUCUAAUUUGUUUGUCUCUAUAGGUGGAUGUGUCAUUUGACAUAUUUUGAAUUGUGCUGCUUUUAAACACUGUUGUUUCUGUGCUCAACUGUAUAAAAUCUUGCACCAAAGUAGUACAUCUACAUGUUAAGAUCACUCAAAUAAAAUGCUUUGGUUUUGAUUA